ACACACACACACGUAUACAUAUAUAUAUAUGCUUACAUAUACAGGAUAUACAUUUUUUUUAUUCAUAAUUUCAGAAAAGACAGUUACCCAAUUACAGCUUGACAAGCUGGACAACGUCCAAAGACAUUUGUCAUCAACAAGUGCAGUGGACCAGUUGACCCCUGCAGAUGAUGACUUCCUUGUUAUUUACAACCGGGUUCCCAAAACUGGGAGUACAUCUCUUGCCGGAAUUGCUUAUGAUUUGUGCUCACCUAACAAGUUCAAUGUAUUACAUCUUAAUAUAUCAAGGAACUCUCACACAUUAUCCCUGUCUGAUCAAAUGAGAUUUGUAUAUAAUAUAACAACCUGGAAUGAGAAAAAGCCUGCUCUUUACCAUGGACAUUUGGCUUAUGUAGACUUUGCCAAAUUUGGGUCUCCUGAACAAACAAAUGAAAACUAUACUGGAUGA